AUUCACGUACAAAGACUGUCAGCCUCUUGUUUAAGACGAGCACGACCGAAACCAUGGCUCCGUCGAAGCUGGAAACCACCCAGCUGUCUGCCCGCCCGCUCCACGACACAUUUGGCGCCGAAGUGGAAGGGGUAGAUUGGAGCGAGAGUCCGAUUUCAGCCGGGAUCAUUGCGGAAAUUAAGGCGCUGGCAAGUGAGAACGGCGUGCUCGUGUUCCGCAAUGCAAAUCUCGACAACGACCAGCACAUUGCAUUUGCCCGUCAGCUCGGCAAGGAGCUGUACGACGUCAAAGCCCACAUCAAAGCUGGGCGCGCCAUGCGCUUCCCCGAGCAGCCCGAGAUCUUCGAUGUGUCGAACCUUGAUGACAAGGGAAACAUCGUUACCGAUAUGGACCCAAUGCGGAAGGAAGGCAACAAGGGCAACUUCUUGUGGCAUGCGGACAUGACGUACAACCCUCAUCGCGCGCUGUACUCCAUCCUCCGUGCCGUCCAGCUCCCCCCGAAAGGUACCGGUGGCGAGACGCAGUAUCUUGACUCGCGGACCGCUUGUGAGGAACUGCCGCCAGCUUUGCGCGCGGAGCUGGAGGAGGCGCUUGGGUGCAAGUUGGAGCAAGUCGUUACUCACAAUUCCCUGAUGCACAAUCGCAAGCUGGGCUCGCCCGACUACUUCCGGAGUAUCGAGCCCUUGGACCAGCCGAUGGCCAAAUAUAAACUCGUUACCCCUCAUGAGAAGAGCAACCGGGACAAUUUGUACAUGACGAGCUAUGCACAUCAUUUUGACGGAAAAUCGUGGGAGGAGAGCAAACCACUGUUCGAUAAGCUUUGGGACCACCUCACGCAGGACAAAUACAUCCUGACCGUAUACUGGGAGAAUGACGGUGAUAUGGUCUUGUGGGACAACACCGCCGUCCUGCACCGCGCGACCGAUUCAGGCUCGUACGGCUCAAAGUACGUCCGUGAUAUGAGACGAACGACCACAAAGGACGACAGUUCCUAUGCGUUUGGUGAGAAUGAAGAUCAUACCUGGGAAGCUGGCAUCUCCAAAGUCAAGACCUAGUUAGAUGGAACGGCAGGUUUUGUGGUACAUCUCCCGAUAGUCUCGGUAUUUCAAUAGUCGUGUAGCCAGUCUAUUACGAGGACAUCUAUCCAGAGGGGAAAUCGCCCGCGACAAAUGUUGC